AUGGCGCUCAGAACGUUGCGCCUGGCGCCCAGUUCUCCAGCAAUUGCCCCCCUUGCGCGUUCGACUCUUCCGCUUAUCGAUCGCAUCGCUAGUGUCCGCCAUUUCAGUCCCGGUGCCGUGCGCGCUGCGUGCCGCUCUGUCGAUGCAACCAGGCAGAGCGAGGAUGGCGGAGGGACCAGCGCGCGAGCCUCCGCGCAUCUAGAUGGCGCGCAGACGUUAUCCGCUCGCAGCACCCCCGCGCAUUCCCCCCGUGAGGAUACUCGCGGCUUGAUGGGGGAUUACCUUUCCGCCUCCCGCUCCGCCGAAAGCGUGCGGGUGGGAGGCGUCAACGCAAACGGCGCCGCAACAGGCGGCGACACGAUCGCGGCUGUAGUCACUGCCGUGUCGUCCACGUCAGGUGGCGUCGCGAUCGUGCGGCUCUCCGGGCCCGCCGCUGUGAGCAUCGUGCGGAGCAUGUUCCGCCCCGCGCGGAAAGCGAACAGAGCGCGGAAGCAGGGGGGAAUGGCCAGGGGAAGCGGAGACCUUGGCGCAUGGGCGGGGAGCUCGGGGAACGGAGCGUGGGGAACAGAUACUGGGGAUUUCCAGGGAGAGUGGAGUGAGGAGAACGAGUCGGCGGGUAGCAGCAAGGAAGGGGAGGGGAGAGGCGGAGAGGCGAUGGGGGGAAGGGGGGGGAGCGGGGAGGGCGGAGCGGCGGGGGAGUGGCGCGCGGAGAGCCACCGAGUGAGCUACGGUCACAUCGUGGACGAGCAGGGGGCCACCAUUGAUGAGGUGCUCGUGCUGCCCAUGCUGGCCCCGCGCUCGUACACGAGUGAGCACGUGGUGGAGGUGCACUGCCACGGUGGCAGGGUGUGCGCCCACUCCUGCCUCGCCACCGCCGUCCACCUCGGCGCCAGGCUGGCAGGAGCAGGCGAGUUCACCCUGCGCGCCUUCCUGAACGGGCGUGUGGACCUGGCGCAGGCGGAGGCCGUGGCGGCGCUCAUCCGCGCCGACACUGCUGCUGCUGCCCGCUCCGCCCUCGCUGCUGUUGAGGGCGGCUUAUCUCGGCACAUCCGGGGCGUGCGGGCGGCGUGCAUGGGCGUGCUGGUGGACAUCGAGGCGCGCAUCGACUUUGAGGAGGAUCUCCCACCGUUGGAUGCUAAGGACGUCAGCCGUCGGAUUGGCGCCAUCUGGCAGCAGAUCAACGAGGCCCUCGCGACAGCCAAUCGGGGCCGACUGCUGGAGUAUGGCAUUCAGGUUGCGAUCGUGGGUCGUCCCAACGUGGGCAAGUCGAGUCUACUAAACGCAUGGACGCAGUCAGAGAGGGCGAUCGUGACAGACACGCCCGGCACAACGAGGGACGUGGUGGAGGCGCAGCUGCACCUGCCGCUGUCAGCGGGGGGCUUCCCCGUGCGCCUGGCGGACACGGCUGGCAUCCGCCACACCACGGACGCCGUCGAGGCCAUCGGUGUGCAGCGGUCGGAGGCGGCAGCAGCGGCAGCGGACGUGGUGCUGGUGGUGGUGAGUGCAGCGGAGGGGUGGACAGCAGAGGACUCCUCCAUCUUCCACCGCAUCUCCGGUGCCGUGGCGGUGCAGACACAGACAGAGGGACAUGCAGAGGGGCAUGCACAUGCAGACACACCAGCCGUGCAGCGGGCUGUGUGGCGCCGCGUGGCCACCAGCGCCACCCUCCGCACGGGGCUUGACCAGCUUGAAGCCGCCGUGGCAGCAGCCGUAGGCGGGGGCCUGGUGGCAGAGGAGGGGCAGCAGUGGGCCGUGAACCAGCGGCAGCAGCAGCAGCUGGUGCGCGCUGCAGAGGCGGUGGGGCGGGUGAGGGAGAGCAUUGGAGCCGGGUUGCCCCUGGACUUCUGGAGCAUUGACCUGCGCAGCUGUAUACUGGCGCUGGGGCAGGUAAGUGGCGAGGAGGACGUGACGGAGGAGGUGAGCGGCGAGGAGGAUGUGACGGAGGAGGUGCUCUCCAACAUCUUCAGCAAGUUCUGCACUGGGAAGUAG